AUGAAGAGAUACUUACAUAUUAAAAGAGUACCUAAACUAUAUUUUAGUAAUAAUGAAAUUCCAAAUGUAAGUAUCCCUACUCAUGAAUUAUUUACUAAAACUGGGUUUUUCACUCAUCCAAAACCAGGGUUGGUAAAUUGGUUAAAUAUUGGGUUAUCCAGUAUAAAUAAAAUUAAAAAAAUCAUUCACCAUAGAAUGAAAGAAAUUGAUGGUGAAGAAAUAAACUUAUCAUUAUUAUCCCACUCUUCAUUAUGGGAAAAGACAAAUCGAUGGUCAAAUAAUGAAUUAUUCAAAUUAAAAGAUUCAAAUUUACAAAAUUAUUGCCUUGUUGCAACUUGUGAAGAAGAAAUUACUCAAUUUGUUAAAGAAAAUUUGAAAAGUUAUAAAAAUUUACCAAUUACUUAUUAUCAAAUUAAUGAAAAAUUUAGAGAUGAAAAAAGACCUAGAAGUGGACUUUUAAGAGGCCGGGAAUUUAUAAUGAAAGAUGCUUAUUCUUUUGAUAUAAAUGAAGCAAAUGCAAUGCAAACGUAUGAAAAAGUAAUUGGUGCUUAUUAUAAAAUCUUCCAAGAUUUGAAAAUUCCCUUUGUCAAGGCUGAAGCUGAUACUGGUGAUAUUGGUGGGUCCUUAAGUCACGAAUGGCAUUAUUUGCAUAAAUCAGCCGGUGAAGAUACUUUAUUUACUUGUAAUAAUUGUAAUCAUUCUUCAAAUAUUGAAAAAACUUUAAGUUAUCCUAAAUCGGAAGAGGAACAUUCUCAAGUUGAUGUUAAAUAUUUCACCACCACCGAUCAAAAUACUUUAAUUUGUGCUUACUGGCCAAAUUCAAGAAUAUUAAAUCCUCAAUUCAUAAAAGAAGAAAUCCCCGAUCUAGAUUUAUCCUUUGAUAAUCAACAAGAGAUUUUAAAUAUUUUCAGUAAUGAAGAUACUCUAAUUAAUAAAAAAAUUGUUAGAAUAAUGGAUUCUCGAUUAAAUUCAAGAUCAAAUUUCCCCGAUUUCCCCAUAAAUUUCAUUAAUAGAUCAUUAAUGACCACCCUUACUGAUAUUCCAAUUGUUUUAGCUAAUGAAGGAGAAGUUUGUUUUGAAUGUGAAGAGGGAACUCUUGAUAAAUUUAAAUCAAUUGAAGUUGGACACACUUUUUAUUUGGGUGAUAAAUAUACUAAAUCUUUAAAUUGCAGUAUUGAUCUUCCAAAUAUUGGGGAAUCUAAUUUAGUUAUGGGUUGUUACGGUAUUGGAGUUAGUAGGAUUUUAGCCGCUAUUGGAGAAAUCAAUCGUGAUUCAAAAGGCUUUAAUUGGCCUUCAAUAAUAUCUCCUUGGGAUAUUACAAUUAUUGAUUUAAAUAAUGGCAAUGAAAAAUUUUAUGAAUUAUUAAAUGAAAAUUUUAUUGAUUAUAGACUUGAUAAUAGAAAUGGUGUUGGAUUAGGUAAAAAAAUCAAACAAUCAAAUUUAAUAGGAAUCCCAUUAACAAUUAUUAUUGGUAAAAAUUACCCAAUUAUAGAAAUUGAAAUUAGAGGUAAAAGAUAUUCAAAUUCCGGUCAUUGGCAAUCUUUAUAUCAAUCUAAAGAUUUCCACUGGCAAAUUAUUAAAGAUACAAAUCAGGAAAAACAUUUGGUUCACAUUAAUGGUUUAGUAAAAGUAAUUAAAUCGUUACUUAAAGAUAUGUAA